GUUAUAAUAUUAUCACGGUGGUGCUUGCAGUUUUGUGUACAUUUUUUGUCACUUUAUUAACUACCACGACAACGUUCGUGCAAACGGAACGGAUCCGGUCGGUCAUUGUUGAGAGAGUGAAUAAUUGAAUAAAAUAAAUUAAAUUCAAACCAAAACAAUUCACCACACUACACACAGGUGAAUUGUGUCUACCUACCAAUUUCAUACUUACCACACUGCUGGAAUAUUGAUAAAUCAAAAAGAAAAAAACAAAUUUCGUGUAAAAUUCGCUGGUGUCAUUAGUGUCAGUGGAAUUGCACAGAGAUAAACGAAUCAGCAGUGAAAACAUUCAGACGAAUAGUACCUAGAUCUGCCAUACCUAGACCUGUGUACCUACCCCCGGGGAAGAAGAGGAAUAGUAGAGUGCUCUUGUAGUAGAGCAAAACUAAAAAAGUAGUGCGCACGAAUUCAUACUCGCUCACCCGAUGUUGUCGGUUUUAUGAUUUUAAUAAAAUUAUAAAAUUAAUUAAAUUGUAACCUAACCUUUGUGCGAAUAUUUUACGGAAUAUGACUCAAGCGUUUUGGUGAUUGUUCUAAAUUUUGAAUUGCUGUUUUACAGCCAUAGUUAUUAAUUAUUUGUUUUCUUCCUUAAUUUUGCCUUCAUUCAUUGAAUAUAGAAAAAUUAUUGUGAUUUACAAUAAAACAAAAAAAAGUGUGUUCGUUCGUGUGUCUGUGGAAUCUUUAAGCAUAUUUUGCUUUCUAAUUUUUUCUCUUUCCAUUUUAUUGUUUGUCUGUUUCAAACUAAUUUUCUUGAUGAUUUAUAAUUUACCAUUCGAAAUUCAGAGUGCAGUGAAUUCUAAUGCAACUGUCAUAAAUUUUAUCAGCUGUCACAUAUACCUACCUACUUUUUCAAAUGAUUUGAAUUAUUAUUGUGCAAUUGUGAAUAGAAAUUAUUAAAAUGGUGGCUUAGUUUACACAUUGUGAUUUAAACCAAAAAAAAAAUAAAUGUGCAGUUGCAUUGCGAGAAGUUGAAUGAAGAAGAAAAAUCAGUGCUACCGAAAGAAAAAAUAAAGGAAAAAGUAGUGUGUACAUAGUUUUGAUACCUACCAAUCCCCAAAUGAAUGUGUAUACUACUUGCACAGCUUCUUAUAUACAUAAUAUGAUAAAUAUGUAGGUACCUCUUACCACCUACCAACCUACAGAGAAAAAAAAAAGAAUAGUGUUAUGUGCACAUGAUAAAUUUUAAAAAGAAAAAGAAUGAAAAUAAAAUAAUUUAUAAAUAUUUCGUGUAAAAUAAAACAAACAAAAUAACAAAAAAAAAAAAGUUUUAUUAAUUAUAAAACACAAUAGUUUGUGUUUUGUUGCAUUUGGAAUUUAUUUGCUGUCAUGCACAAUUGGCACCAUCAACAAUCUCAAACUCAACAAUUUGAUAUUGUUCCUCAUCAUCAUCAACAUUUACUACAUCAUCAACAUAAUAGCAACAGUAACAACACCAAUAACAACAAUAAUGGGAUUUAUUACUUAUUUUAUAAAGAUUUUUAUAUGUCCGCCGGCGCCCAAUUGCAGAUGGCCCCACAGACGACGUCGACCAUAAGCCAUCACCAGCAUCACCAACAUCAUUUUACCACUAAUACACCACAGCAACAACAACAACAGCAGCCGCAACAGCAGCAAACACAACAACUUCAGCCACAACAACAACCACAGCAGCAUCAUCCCCAUCAUCCGCAUCAAAUUCAACAUCACCAACAACCACAACAACAACAACAAAUUCCACUUCAACAACCACACCCACAACAGUUACAACAACCCCAAUUGCCCCAACAACAACAGCAGCAACAACAACAACAACAACAGCCGCACCAACAUUUAACGGGUCAUAGUAAUCCGGAUUCAAAUAUGAGCACAGGAUCUUCACAUAGUGAAAAGGAUGUCAAUGAUAUUGUAUACAAUUCGACAUUAGGAGUUGGUGGUGUUGUUACUUCGUCGUCAGUUGGGGGUAAUAUUGGUGGAGUGAACAAUCCAAAUAACGGUAAUAAUAAUAAUAAUAACAAUAGUAGCAGUUUAGUUUUAGGCGGAAGCAAUUUGGCUAACGUUGGCGUUGGCGGCCUAAAUAGUAGCAGUAGUAGUACUAACAAUAAUAACAACAUCAACAGUAGUAAUAAUAAUAACGGUACUCUCAUGAACACAGGCAACAUGGGCGCACUGGAGAAAUUGCCACGAACUCCGUCGGAUCGUAAGCGAAAACGAAAAGCGCCUCCACCCUCGGCCGAUGAUAGUGGCGGUGGUGGUGGCGGCGGCGGCGGCGGUGGUGGAGCAGUUCCUGGCGGAGGCAAUUCAGGCGGUAAUUCUAGCAAACACAAUCCUCGCCUGGUGCUGCAAGUAGGCUCAACGAAUUUCUCCUUGAAUUUAGGCACACAGGCAUCGGCGGCAGACCGUUGCGGUAUGCCAACGACAAAGGGUGCCCGCCUCACAAUGCCCAUGAACGAUGGCAAAAAGAUAAACGAUUACUUCAAUAAGCACACGGCAAAUAGUCCAAUAAGGACGCACGCGGGAUCAAAAUCGCCAUCACCCUCGCAAGGCGGUGUUCCUGUCGUCAGCGGCAGUGCUGGCGGUUACCCACUAUUUCCACCUAGUCCACAGCAGCCGCCAAUGGGCGGCAUGACUUCCGUAGCAACGGCGGCAACAGCAACGACACCAGGCGGCGGGACGCCUGGAGUAGUCGGGAUGAAUUCCGUGGCAGCUGUUACCGAAUAUCACUACAAUAAAAAUCGUCAAACUUCCAUGGUUCCUCCGCAGUCGCCGCUUUCGACAGUGAUGCCGACAUCAGUGUCAGGCAGCAGUUUAACUGGUAGCGGUGCCAGCAGUGUGGUUGUGGUGCCCGGCAGCAUUGGUACAACACUGGUGAAUAGUACAAGUUCAAUAGUGGGUGGCAGUUGUGGUCCGCCUCCACCGCCACCACCUCAACUCAGUACGAAUUCCCAGCAAACCUCCCAACAGCAGUCGCAGUCGUCACAACAGCAACAACAACUGCAGCAGCAACCAUCCCAGCAAACAAACCUGCCACCUAACCAACAACAACAGCAGCAGCAGCAACAAACGACGUCACUGCUACCGCCCCAACUUCACUCACAUCAUUCGCUUUCCAUGCAAACCAAAUCGACCCAAACCGAUUUCACUUACAUGGAAAUGCAGGAACGAGAUUCAGAUAUUGAAUCAAGCAAAACGCGACUUGAAGAACUGACAAGACUGUCCGAUGAGCAAAAGGGUCAAAUAACCGCCCAUCAGAAGCUCAUCGAUCAACACAAAUCGCACAUCAACAAGUGCAUCGACGUGGUGAAGAAGCUGCUCAAGGAGAAGAGCAACAUCGAAAAGAAGGAGGCGCGGCAGAAAUGCAUGCAAAAUCGAUUGCGUCUAGGCCAAUUUGUUACCCAAAGGGUGGGAGCAACAUUCCAAGAAAAUUGGACGGACGGCUAUGCCUUCCAGGAGCUAUCCAGGCGGCAGGAAGAAAUCUCAGCCGAACGCGAAGAAAUUGAUCGACAGAAAAAGAUGUUAAUGAAAAAACGGCCAGCGGAAAGUGGUCGCAAGCGAAAUAACAAUAGCAACAACAGCAGUAAUAAUGCAGGCGGUGUUGGUGGUGUCGGUAGCGGUGGCAAUUCGAAUUCAUCACGUGGCGGCAGUGGUGUGGGCAAUGUUGGCCUAGGUGGUGAUUCUUCGUCGUCUGCGUUACACAAUGGCGGCGGAGUUGUUGGUUCAGGUAGCGGUAGCAGUGGCAUUGGCAGCAGUACUGUUGCCUCCGAUACGGCAACGUUCCUAAAGCCAGACCCAGUGUCCGGGGCGUAUACAGCCCAGGAAUACUAUGAAUGUGAUGAGAUUUUAAAACUGCGACAAAACGCCCUUAAGAAGGAGGACGCCGAUUUGCAGCUGGAAAUGGAGAAGCUCGAGCGUGAACGUAAUUUGCACAUAAGGGAGCUGAAGAGAAUACUGAAUGAAGAUCAGUCACGAUUCAACAACCAUCCAGUGCUGAACGAUAGAUAUUUGCUGCUUAUGCUACUUGGCAAAGGUGGCUUCUCUGAAGUGCACAAAGCAUUUGACCUAAAGGAGCAACGAUAUGUUGCAUGCAAAGUGCAUCAGUUGAACAAAGAUUGGAAAGAGGACAAAAAGGCUAAUUAUAUUAAACACGCUCUUAGAGAAUAUAAUAUUCAUAAAGCCUUGGAUCAUCCUCGUGUAGUUAAAUUAUAUGAUGUCUUCGAGAUCGAUGCGAAUUCGUUCUGUACAGUUCUUGAGUAUUGUGAUGGACAUGAUUUAGAUUUUUAUUUGAAACAGCAUAAAACGAUACCAGAGCGUGAAGCCAGAUCAAUUAUUAUGCAGGUCGUUUCCGCAUUGAAAUACUUGAACGAGAUCAAACCACCUGUGAUCCACUAUGACUUGAAACCCGGCAACAUCCUUCUAACCGAGGGCAAUGUAUGCGGUGAAAUAAAAAUAACCGAUUUUGGUCUCUCAAAAGUGAUGGACGAUGAGAACUAUAAUCCGGACCAUGGCAUGGACUUGACCUCGCAAGGGGCGGGAACUUAUUGGUAUCUUCCACCAGAGUGUUUUGUUGUGGGUAAAAAUCCUCCUAAAAUCUCAUCAAAAGUCGAUGUAUGGAGUGUGGGUGUGAUAUUCUAUCAGUGUCUGUAUGGAAAGAAGCCAUUCGGUCAUAAUCAAUCUCAAGCCACAAUAUUAGAGGAGAACACAAUACUGAAAGCCACUGAGGUUCAAUUUUCCAACAAGCCAACAGUUUCCAAUGAAGCGAAGAGCUUUAUUCGAGGUUGUUUGGCGUAUCGCAAAGAAGACCGAAUGGAUGUGUUUUCUUUGGCGCGGCAUGAAUACAUUCAACCACCAAUUCCAAAACACGGUCGCGGCCAAUCGAUGACAGCGGCGCAACAACAACAACAACAGCAGCAGCAACAACAACAGCAGCAACAGUCGUCCUCGUCACAGCAAAAUUCGGCGCAAACCUCAUUCUCAGCGGGCAUGUUCGGUAACCUAAAUCAAUCCAGUUCAUCCUAGCUGAUGUCGAAACGUAAUUCGAAUUCCUAAUUGCUGAAAUUGAUUGCGACAGCGCCGCCACUGCCACCGCCGCCGCCAUCACUAUCCCCAUCACCGCCAAAGCAGUCGGCGACGCCGCCGCCGUCAUCAUCGCCAACCACAACUUUAGCAUUCGCCACGCCGAAUAAUCCACAACCAGUCAAGACAACGAAAGUUAAGAUGACCAAUAGCAAUGCCAGUUGUAGAACUAGCAUCGCUCAAAGCAUACCCACAAUUAAAACGACAACAAAUUCUCGAACGACGAGACCAAUACCACCACCAGCAGCAACAUCAACAAUAGCAAAUCGACGUCGCAGAAAACCAUCGUCGUCCGCGUCUAACGCCAACGCCAAUGCCAAUGCCGCUGCUGCCAAUGCAUCUUCCACCAUCUCCAAGCGUAGCUGAGAGAAGAAAUAAAGUAUCAAAAACAAAAAUUAGAAGACAAACGAAAAAAAAAGAAAGCAGAUUCCAUAAAAAAAACAAAAUUUCUUUUUUCCAUUAGAUGUCGCUAGUAGUGAAGUUGAUACUUUUUUUAAGAAAUUGUGAUAGAAAAAUGACAGAAGAUACAUUCAUUCUCUCUUUCGUUAAAUUCUCUCUUUUAUCAAAGAAAUGGAAAAGGACAUCGUUCGUUGUGCUUCAAUUCAUUUUACUUUCACGUCGUCGUUUUGACGACUUUGACAAUAUUGCGGUCGAAUUAUAAUUUUUUUUUGAUUAAAUUUUAUAUAUUUUUUGCUUUUCUAUUGAAUUCUCAAUUUGACCACAAUUUUUUUUUUAAUUUUAUUUUCGAUAAACUUUCGUUAAUUUUAUUAUUUCAGUAUUAAUAAUGUAUCUAUGUAUGUAAUAGCUUCCAUACCAAAUUUUCUUAAAAAUUAAUUUUUUUCAAUCCAAAAAAAAAACAAAAUUUAUAAAAGGGAGGUAACGACAAGAGAAUGAUAGAAAAACAAAAAACAAAAAACAAAAACUAUGAACAGAUGAGAUGGCGGAUAUUUUACAAAAGAAAAUAAAAAUAAUCAACGGAUAAGUUCCGCUGUCCUCCUCCUAAAAAAAAAAUCCCUUGAAAAUACUGAGAAGUGAUGAAUAGAAUUAUGUAAAUUUUUUUAAAUUAAAAAAUAUUGACUAACAAUAUUUAUUGUACAUGUACAGUUAAACUUAAAAAAAAAACAAACUCCCGGAAGCUGAAAAUUCGCAAAAUGAAAGCAAAAGGAAUCGAGAUAAAUUAAUAAUAACAGGAAAAAUAUCGCAAAUUAAUUAAAAAAAUAGGCUUAGAAGAAAAACAAAAACAAAAAUUAAACAAAUGAAAGUGUAAGCGAAGAUAAAAAAUAUAAAUAAUAAAAAAAGGAAUUAUUAUUAAGAAAGUUAUUAUAUUAGUUAUUAAACUGAAUAAAAUUAAAAUCAUAGGAUGAAACAGUUUCAUUAAAAUAAAAUUAUAUAUAUAUAGUUAAACAUAAAAAAAAACUAGACAGUAAAAUAAUUAAUGAAGCAGAGAUAAAAAUAUUAGAUUAAACAUUAAAAAAAAAACAAAAACAAUACAAUUUUAAUGAAAACAUUUUUUUUAUUAUUAUUAUUAUCAAUUAUUAUAUUAUAUUUUUUGUUAGUUUUAAUUAUUAUAUAAUUAAAAAUAUUAUUUUAACAACAAAAAACAAAACAAAAGUCGAUAUAUAUAUAUAUUUAAAUGAUUAUAUAAACUAAAUAACACACCCAAUGUGAAACAAAGUAAAUUGUCCCUAUUGAUUGCAUUAAAAAUUUAAUUUUUAUCAAGAAAAACAAACAAAUAAAAAGGCAGAAUCAAUGUGUAUAGUAUGUAUGCAACAGUAAACAUUUUAAAUAUAUAAAUAAAAUACAAAUUAUUAUGUAUACACAGUGAAUAUAUGUAUUUGUAUGUAACAAAAAACAAAAAUAAUAAAAAUAUUUCAAUGCAUAUUUCAAUACAUAUGCGCAUGGUGUGUCUCUUGUGUAUUUAUCAUUAUUGCAAAGUAAAAGAAACAAAAAUUAUUAUAUAUUCUCAAAAUAUGUAAGCAUGAAUAUGGGAAAAUCUAUAUAAAUAUAUAUAUAUAAAAAAGAAUAACGAAAAAUAUAAAUAUAAAUAAAUAUUAAAAUUAAAAUUAUAAAAGAAAAAAAAA